CUUUCAGGCUACGUUUGGUAUGCUUUCGUUGGUUCAGAAUUGAUUGACGGAGCUAAGGGGGUUUACGCGGCCGACUCCGACGCAUUCAGUUUUCAAUAUCCCGCUGAGUCACAACUUCGCGCGCUACACAACCUAGACUAUUCCCAUGGGCAAUUUAACCGAUGUCCAAAGACGUGCAAUCGUUAACGAUCUUCUUUUUAGUUGUAGAGAUGGCAAAGUGCCUCAUGGCACAUGCCUUGCCAAAGAUUACGGCUGUCAUUGGCACAGUAUCAAGCGCAUUUGGAACCGCUACAGGGAGAACGUAGCGCUAGGAAUCGCGGAUGGGGCCCCUGAAAGCAGAAUCAAAGGAAACUUAGGGCGGAAGCCGUAUGACCGCUCCGAACUGGCGGCAAAGCUCAAGGAAGUACCCAUCUUUGAGCGCCAUCGUGUGGCAGCAACGACGGCUCGGAUUGGGGUCUCUGCGUCGCUGAUACGUGCGCUGCUUGAUGAGGGACACCUCACACGGCGUUUAAGACGUAUAAAGCCUCUGCUUAGUGACGACAACAAAAUUCAGCGCAUGAAGCACACUCUCACCUUCAUCGAUGAGCAGACGUAUCAGUUCGAAAACAUGUACGGUAUGGUUCACAUAGAUGAAAAGAGGACAUCGAUGAGCGUACCUUCUUGGUUCUCCCCGACGAAGAACUGCCAGAGCGCCACCGCCGAAGCAAACGAUUCAUCCCCAAGACUGUGUUUCGGGCAGCAGUUGCCCGCCCGAGAUACGACUACCAUCGCAAAGCCAUGUUUAAUGGCAAGCUUGGGAUCUGGCCGAUAGUCGAGGACUGCACCGCUCAACGAAACAGCGCUAACAGCCCAGCAGGGACAGUUCUCACGAGGAAUAUUGCGUCUAUCAACCGAGACGUCAUCAAGGAGUUUUUGCUGAAGGAGGUCAUACCUUCAGUGGCCCGCACGAGACCGAGACAAGCCCAUUCUGAUUCAGCAAGAUAACGCCAAGCCCCACGUUCUCUGCACGACCCCGACAUCAUGGCAGCUGGGACUACCGAUGGAUGGAACAUUCGUCUGUUCUGCCAGCCACCCAAUUCACCGGACCUAUAUGAGCUCGAUCUCGGGUUUUCUCGUCGAUCUAGACCAUCCAGCUUAAUACCCCACUUUACUGUGUUGACGCUUUGAUAGCAGUCAUGUCAGCUUUCGAUGUGUUGACGCAUACUACUCUAAACGAUGUAUUUCUGACUCUGCAGAGUGUCAUGUUGUGCAUUUUACAGACCAAAGGUGGAAACGAAUACAUUUUACCGCACAUAGGAAAGCAGAAGUUGCAGCGUGAAGAAGAAAAAAGAAGUAUUAGCAUGCCCAAAAAAUCUUUUUGCGACUGCGCUUGAAGCGGUAGGAGGCGAUCCUUUCGUCGAAAUUGAUAUUUCUGACAAAUAAUAUUUAAACGUGUUAGUAUACCCAAUCAUUAUCUCCACCUACA